AUGGGAGAUGUGAAUCAGUCAGUGGCCUCUGACUUCAUUCCAGUGGGUCUCUUCAGUCACUCAGGGUCAUAUCAGCUUCUCUUCUCCCUGGUGGCUACCAUGUUUAUCAUGGGCCUUCUGGGCAGCACUGUUCUGCUCUUUCUGAUCCGCAUGGACUCCCAGCUCCACACACCCAUGUACUUUCUGCUCAGUCAGCUCUCUCUGUUUGAUGUUGGCUUCCCCUUGGUCACUAUCCCCAAGAUGGCUUCAGACUUCCUGCAGGGAGAAGGUUCCAUCUCCAUCGGGGGUUGUGCAGCUCAAAUAUUCUUCCUGAUGCUGAUGGGUGUGGCUGAGGGCAUCCUGUUGGCCCUCAUGUCCUAUGAUAGUUAUGUUGCUGUGUGCCACCCCCUGCAGUAUCCUCUGCUCAUGAGGUGCCAGGUGUGCCUGCACGCUGGCUCCUCCUGGCUGGCAGGUGUGCUCAAUGCCUCCAUCCAGACCUCCAUCACUCUGCACUUCCCCUACUGUGCCUCCCGCAUUGUGGACCACAUCUUCUGUGAGGUGCCAGUCCUGCUGAAGCUCUCCUAGGCAGACACCUCGGCUUAUGAGUUGGUGCUGUCCACCUCAGGGGUGCUGAUCCUUGUGCUUCCCGUUUCCCUCAUUGCCGCCUCCCAUGGCCACGUGUUGGAGACAGUUCUGCGCAUGUGCUCAGAGGAGGCCCGAAACAAGACCCUCACCACCUGCUUCUCGCACAUCACAGUAAUGGGGCUCUUUUAUGGAGCAACAGUUUUCGUGUACAUGGUACCAGGUGCCUACCACAGUCCACACCAGGACAACAUGGUCUCCCUCUUCUACAGCCUGGUCACCCCCAUGCUCAACCCCCUCAUCUGCAGUCUGAGGAACCAGGAGGUGCAGAUGGCUUUGGUCAAAGUGCUCAGAAGAGCUGGAUUCAGGCCAAAGUGA